AUGUCCACCGCUUCACCUACGCCCAUGGGCGGCUCAUCGUAUGCGCGCAUGCGCUCGCACUCGACUAUCCGACCGCGAAGAGACUCUCCGCUGUCGGUGCUGGGGCAGUCGCAGGGGUUUUCAGCAGACGCGCCGAUGAUGCAAAACAUAAACAUUGGCGACAGCUCCGACGACGAGAUACCGCAACCAAUGAAAUUGAGCGCUCUGACCACGGCACUGCUCGCGCAAAACGAUGUCAACUCGCCGGAAAAGAGGAAGCCAAAGCUGAAGAUAUCGCGAAGUGGCUCUGGCUCGAACACGCCGGUGCACGACUCUGUUACACCCGCGCCAAGUCUACGCAUCAAGCGAGUACCACUUCGGGGCGCACCAAUGAGGAGAUUAAGGCGCACGCCCCAGAGCGAAGAGGAACACCCUCCAUCGCAGGAUCAAGAAAACAUGCCCGUCACGGUAGUCAAGGACGUCCCUUUGAACGUCCCAGACUCGGUCAUGAAAGUGACCAACUCUGUCAUGAGAAGCACGGAAGACCGCAAGCAACCACCGCCACAAAGCCACUCGCCCAUCCAAAGACAGCCUCUACAGCAACAAGAAAGACCCGUACCAUUGCAGCAAAUGAGCGCAAACACGCCCAGGAGACCGGCGCCGCCACCACCGCCUCCAAAAAUGUCGGUCUUGGAGACGGCCACAGCCGCAGCAGGAGCUGCGACUACGAAGACUAGAGAGAGGAAGAAGAGGAGCACCCUUGCAGUCAAUGGCAAGCACUACUCGCAGAUGGAUAGGAUAGGAAGAGGAGGCAGCUCUGCCGUGUACAGAGUCAUGGCAGAGAACUUCAAGCUAUUAGCUCUCAAGAGAGUGAAACUUGAGGACGCAGACGAGGCUGCGGUACGCGGGUACAAGGGCGAGAUCGACCUGCUGCAAAAGCUCAAGAAUGUCGAUAGAGUAGUCAGACUCUACGAUUGGGAAGUCGACGAGCAGCGGCAGGUCCUUAGUGUGCUUAUGGAACUUGGAGAAUCCGAUCUUGCCCGCAUAAUACGAAUGAAGCUCGACCCUGCUGAUGGCGACGGCAAGCUCGACCUGAGCUUCACGCGCUACUACUGGAAAGAGAUGCUGGAGUGCGUCGGAGCAGUUCAUGACCACGAUAUUGUCCAUUCCGAUCUCAAGCCGGCGAAUUUCCUCCUCGUUUCUGGUCGCUUGAAGCUCAUCGACUUCGGCAUCGCCAACGCCAUUGAGGUCGACCACACCGUAAACGUCCAUCGUGAUUCUCACAUUGGCACGCCCAACUACAUGUCGCCUGAGUCUCUCGAAGACUCGUCCGGCGGCGCAAGAGGCUUGCUAUCCAACGGAGCAGGAAGCAAAGAUAUGGCUCUUGGCAAGCCAUCCGACGUCUGGAGCCUUGGGUGUAUCCUCUACCAAAUGGUCUACGGGCGCCCACCAUUCGCCCACAUCGCCAACCAAAUGGCCCGUGUCCUCGCCAUCGUCAACCGCGAGUACCACAUCGAGUUCCCAGACUUCGGUGUUGGCGAGAUGCGCGUACCACCAGGCCUCAAGGCCACCAUGCGCCGCUGCCUGCAGCGCGAUCCGUCAAAGCGACCAAACGUCGCCCAACUACUUGACGAAAGAGACGUCUUCUUAUACCCCGACGGCGGCGAGGAUCUCCGCAUACCCCAGGACCUCCUGGGCCAAAUCAUCCAACGUGUCGCAGACCGCUUCCGCGACCCCAACAAACCCAGCCCCACAGACGAAGAGAUACGCCAGUAUCCAGCAAGUUUCUACGAGAAGAUUAGGCAAUUGCUGGAAACUGAUUGA